AGAGUCCUCAAACCGGGCAUGCUUGGUGUGCUUCCUGUGCUUGCUGCUGUUACUGUUGCUCCUCUGUUUGCUGUUACUGCUCAUAUUAAGCAACACAGGGACGACGGAAGCCUCAAGGAAGCCAACGACGGCUCCUACCACAACAGCCGCCGCCACAACCACUACAAGCACGGCGACGAGCACCCCAACCACCACAACAACCACCACACCAACCACCACAACCACCACGACAACAACUACAACUACCACGACCACUACAACAACUACCACAUCUACCACGACAACAACCACCACAACCACCACGACAACAACUACAACUACCACGACCACUACAACAACUACAUCUACCACGACAACAACCACCACAACCACCACGACAACAACUACAACUACCACGACCACUACAACAACUACCACAUCUACCACAACAACAACCACCACAACCACCACGACAACAACUACAACUACCACGACCACUACAACAACUACUACAUCUACCACGACAACAACCACCACAACCACCACAACAACCACCACCACAACAACCACCACUACAACUACUACAACCACCACUACAACAACUACUACAACCACCACUACAACAACUACUACAACCACCACUACAACUACUACAACUACUACAACAACCACCACAACUACCACAACAACCACCACAACCACCACCACAACUACUACGACAACGACGACAACUACCCCAACACCCAAGCCGAUAGUACGAACCAUACCUACGAUCAGAACGACAAGGGCCCCGAAUCCGAAGCUGGUGUUCCCGCUCCUCUGCACGGUCAGCACCCACUUCCAGCAGUCAACGGCGCUUCCCAGCGACGGGGUGUGCGACUUUAUCUUCUACGAAUCGCUCUACAAGGGAAACACGAACAUUUUGACGGAACCACUGAGUGCCAACGUGAGCCACUUCGUGCAAAGUGCAGCGCAGUACACCGCAACGGAAUUCGGCCUGUCCUUCGUCUCCGGGUAAGCGAGAAAUGCGGGCAGAGAAAGAUUCGUGACAUUUCACGGAGGCGCGUUUUGAAGAGAAACACUAGACCCGUGUAGGCUGAUAGAGCAUUCUUGAAGGGCUUGGUAUUCGUUAAUUUCAUGGUUGUUGGUUGAAAAUUAGACGAUAAAAUGGAAGUUCAGAUUUUCAUCUUUCUUUUUUUUUCGAUUUCGCGCUGAAGCCUCAAGUAUGGCAAGUCAGUGCGACCUCAUAAAUUUCGGACAGAUUUUUUUUAUUUGAGACUUUAGAGCUAUUUAUUUAUUUAUUUAAUAUGCAUACUUCCAUGGCCCGAGGGUAUUACAGAAAGCAUUUGUAACAAAGUGAAAAGAUUAUAUAGAUAUAUGCAGGCAAUUAUAUAAAGAAAAAGAAAUGUUAAGCGAUAGCGUUGUAGACUGCCUGUUUUGAAUGAAGAUGUGUCUGUGAUGUUAAUGGUGGAAUCAGGAAGGUGGUUCCAGUCGACACUUGGAACCUGUUACUUGGUCAGGAUGGAACGGCAACUUUACACUUUAUAUAAGUAGUCAGGUCGGGAUGAAACAUAGAAAGGUGAGGUGAUAAG